AUGUCUACUCAAAAGGCUAUUGUCGUAGCCGAAGGCAAUACCGCGAACGUUGUGACUGACCGACCUAUCCCGACCCUCCGCGAUGACUACAUCCUGGUUAAGACGGUCAGUGUGGGCCUGAAUCCCACCGACUGGAAGCACAUUGCUUACCUGGCGCCGCCGGGCGUGACGGUGGGGUGCGACUAUGCGGGCACGGUGGAAGCCGUCGGCAAAGACGUGCGCAAGAAGUUCAACAAAGGCGACCGCAUCUUCGGGCUGGCACAUGGCGCCAACGCCGUGCAGCCCGAGGACGGUAGCUUUGCCGAAUACAUUGUGGUCAAGGGCGACCUGCAGUGGAAGAUCCCCGACAACCUGAGCUUCCAGGAGGCGGCGACGCUAGGCGUGGGUAUUUACACCGUCGGCCAGGGCCUGUAUCAGAGCCUGAAGCUAGCGCUGCCCACCGCCCCGAUCAAGGACGCCACCCCGGUCCUCAUCUACGGUGGCUCCACCGCUACUGGCACACUGGCGAUCCAGUUUGCCAAGUUGUCCGGCUACCAUGUCAUCACGACUUGCUCUCCGCGCAACUUCGACUUCGUGCGCAGUCUCGGCGCCGACGCCGUCUUCGACUACAAGGACCCCCAGGCACCCGCCGAGAUCAGGAAAUACACCAACGACAACCUCACCCUCGUCUUCGACUGCAUUUCGCUCGAGGCUAGUGCCAAAUUCUGUGACAAUGCCCUGUCUCCCGCCGGCGGCGACUACAGCGCUCUCUUGCCCAUCAAAAUCGACCGUGAGAAUGUUCGCGACCGCGCCACGCUAGGAUAUACGGUCCUCGGUGAAGAGUUCGAAUUCGGCGCUGGUAGCAAGAUCCCGGCUAAGCCAGAAGACCAGGAGCAUGCCGAGAUGUUUGGUUCCAUUGCUGUGCCUCUGUUGGCGCAAGGAAAGAUCAAGGUGCACCCGCCCAAGGUGGGCAAGGAUGGCUUGAAGGGUGUCUUGGAGGGGCUGGAUCUGCUCAAGCAGGAUAAGGUCAGCGGCGAGAAGCUGGUUUACAAUGUGGCGGAGACCCCAUGA